AUGGGCGUAGCUCGGGAACGUUAUAAAACGACGCCGAAUUUCCUUCUUCGAAGAUAUUCCAAGAUGACCGGUAGAGGAAAAGGAGGCAAAGGCUUGGGAAAAGGUGGCGCGAAACGUCAUCGCAAAGUCCUGCGCGACAACAUCCAGGGCAUAACGAAACCGGCCAUCAGAAGAUUGGCCCGUCGCGGCGGUGUGAAACGUAUCUCCGGGUUGAUCUACGAAGAAACCAGAGGCGUCCUCAAGGUGUUCCUCGAGAACGUGAUCCGUGACGCCGUCACCUACACCGAACACGCCAAACGUAAGACCGUCACCGCCAUGGACGUCGUCUACGCUUUGAAACGUCAAGGACGCACCCUCUACGGUUUCGGCGGUUAA